AUGUAUGGUGGUGUUGUUGGAGGGCUGAUUGUUGGUGGUUGGGUUUUGGGAAGGCAUGGUUUGUUUGCUUGUGGUGGUGGCGUUGAUGCGGGAUUGGUGGUUUGCGAGGAAGAGAGGUAUGACCUGCGGGGAAGGAAGGAGGACCGAGCCUUCGGUUUGAGUUAUUGUGUGACUUCCCGAUGCCGCUCGCGAGUUCCUGCAUUCUUGUGCGUUUUCUUUCUAGGCAAUGACUCGUCGAUGGCCAAGAAUACUCAAGCAUCAUUGAAUGACAACUGCAGAGUAUGGCAGAUGAUGGAUGUCAUGCAGUUUCAUUAUGAUCAUUCAUGCUACGCAACGCUAUGUAUGCUGAAUAUUGACGCAGUAAAGAUUCUAAACUAG